UUCAUGAAUUCUCUAUUAAUUUUUAUUCGUGCUCCAAAUCAAACAAGUUCUUAUUACUCAAUAAUAUUUAGAUCACCCUCCUUUGAUCCAUAAUCUCAUUGGUCAGCAGGUUCAAAUUACUAUAGAAUUCUCCCACAAAAUAUUUGUGAUUUUUCUGGAUGUAAAGGGGUCAAUUGCAAGUUUGGUCACUUGAAUUACUAGUAAAAUUCACGUUAGCCACUAAAAUUACUUUAUUCCAUCCGUAGUCACUUAGAUUAGGUUAGGAGUUCAAGUUUGGUCACUGGCCGUUAGUCUCCGUUAACUUUUGCUGAUGUGGCGGUCAACUCUUAUAGUUGACCGUUAAAUGAGUGACGUGGCAAAUAAAAAAUAAUAAAAUUUAUUUUUUAAUAAUUUCCACCUCAUUAUUAAAAUAAAUAAAAAAUAAUUAAAAAAAGGUCACAAACAACGAAAGUGGCAGAGGAUCGAACAAUUCAAACAACAACAACGUAAUUGUGUAGGUAUUCGAUCCCUCUAGUUGCAUCGACAUUCCACUAGGAGAGAUGGGUUGUGUGAAUUCGAAGCAUCACAACAAGCGAUGCAAGCACUGCCAAGCUCCGUAUUCCCGUGCCCAGAAGCUAUUCGAUGCACGUAAUCCACCCGCCCCAACACAAAUCCGACAACUACCAUCUAGAAGCCCUCACUUCCUCCACUCUCGGCUCUCUGAAGCUCGAGUCGGUGAACGACGGAGGGGUCGAUUCUCCCAAUGCACCGCAACCACCGACAUCAGCAAUCGAAGAAACAAAAGCAGGAGCAGAAGAGGAAGAAGCAAUUUAUAAGAAGCCGCAUUCGGGAAAAUGUGGGAAGGACUACUUCGACCCUAACAUCAUCUCGAUUUUCAGGAAGUCACUACGGGAGCUCUUCCCAAGCCACCCUUCCCAUUUGAAGAAGCCGGCGAAAGAGAAAGACAGAGUGAUCCUCUACUUCACGAGCCUACGUGGCGUGAGGAAGACAUACGAGGACAAUUGCUACUUGAGGGUGAUCCUGAAAGGAGUAGGCGUCAGGGUUGACGAAUGAGACAUAUCGCGACUUCUCUACCGUCGACGAGCUUGCCUCUGUAGACGAUGUGGUAGCUACCGGCGCCGAUCUUGUUCUCCGAUGCGAACCCGUCGGUGGCAGCUGCGAGAUCGGAGAGAGUGAAUUCCUAGGCUCGGCGUGUUUGGAUGAGGUCCCGCUCCCCCGGAACCUCAUUGCUUUCGAGCUCUGCCGCCGGAUGGUUGACGAUAUGGAGGUGAUGGUGGUGAUUCCGCCGCCACUGUUGUUUGAUUGUUCGAUCCUCUGCCAUUGUCGUUGUUUAUAACCUUUUUUUAUGGAUUAAAUUCUUUCCAUUCCA